AUGUUCUGCAUAAUCGCUAUUUUAUCAUUAUUUCCUAUUGUACAAUCUGUUUAUAUUGGUAAAAUGGAAAAUAAUACAAUGGUUGCCACAAUCAAUACAACAUUGGUCAAUGUAACUCUCGAGCAAUGCACAUGUGCAUUAUUGUUAACAUUAAACCAAUCACUUAUAGUUGCUUUAAAUUAUUUUCAUAUGAAUCAGACUUGUCAACUAUUCAGUUAUAACUCUACUUCGAUUUGGAUAACAUCAAAUUUUCCAAUCCGNGGCACUUUUGCGCAACACACCGCAUAUUCAACCGGAGCGUAUAGUGCGCCCAAUUCAUUAGUUGCUGUGGAUUUUAACAAUGAUGGCUAUGCAGAUCUUGCAGUGGUUCUUAAUUAUAAAAAUCAAUUGGAUCUUCGGUUUGGUAUUGGUGAAAGCGUGUUCUCAUCGCCAUUGAUAUUUUCAAUCGGAAGUCCUGGCUCACCCUUUGGAUUAAUCACGGGUGAUUUCAAUGGUGACAAUAGAUUAGAUUUUAUUGUACUAAAUUCGUACUUUACUCGAGUAGUCAUUUUGAUCCAAGCUUGUGCGUAG